GUUCUGCAGCGACCGUUGGCCAGAUUACACGCGGCUUGCCGUUUGGUUGAAGAUAAAAAUAUCUCAGAUCGAGGUGCUCAGGCACACACAUACACGCACCCACGAUCUGGUUUAGAUUUUCACCAUACGAUAGCAGAGCCACCCACCUGGCUAUCCCAGCCCCGCGAUCAGGUCUGAUCAACAACAUCAGUGGGUUUUUUCUACGAUCGAAGUCUCUCGCAAAUAAUUACUCGAGCGUGUCUGUGAAGUCUGUGUGUGAAUAUAAAUUUUUGUGAACACCGUCCACAUUAUCUUCUAGUUCGAAGCUUACCAGCUGUCAGUUUAAGCACCUAGGAUGCAAGUUUGGCUGGGAACAACUUAACGUGUAACUCCAAGAAAGUGUUAAAUCGUGUAGAGCUGCUGCUCGAAAGGUGAAAGUUAGUGGAAAAAGAAAUUCCGAAAUCGGGGCUUGGCUGUGUGCAGAGCCAGCUUCAGGUUCCAGAGUGCCGCGAAGAGAAUGCAAAAAAUGCUGAGCAAUACCAUACAAUGUUUACAGCGCAAUUGAUACAAAGUGUUUCGACGUGAGUUGCUUAGAAGUGUACCAAUCGAACUAAUUGAUUCACUUUGACGUAAACAUUGCGCGCCAAACGCAGCCCCAGCCGAAAUCUUGCCGGAAUCGAGAGUCAUCGAAAUGCGAAUUUAUUACCAUCAGUAGCCGAUUAUUACGUGAAUCCAGGGUCAUUAUCAACCGUCGAUCGGACGGAAGAAAUAACGAAGACGCGUGGCAAGUAAGGUGUUUUUGCAACCGCACAGUAAUCGGUCGAUGGUUCGCUGCUAUUCGGCGUUGGAAUCGUCCUGUGCCAAAAUCAGUCCGACUAUACCAGGAAUAACAUGUGAUAAUCGUAGGCUAAUGACUAGCGAUCGUAACUGUGAUACCGAUAUAUCAUCAUUGGGACGGAUUUUUGUGAUCAGUAGUUCGGGUCCCUGUGCGAGUGUGUGUGUUUAUAUUUAAGUGGAAAAAGUCUUCGCAGUUCCCGUAGAUAGUGUAGCGGAGCCUUAUUCUAGAAUUAAACGCCAAGUUACAAAAGUGUUAGUUUACCAAAAUGAAGCUUUCGAAGUAUAUUGACUGGUUACAAAUUCGCGCCCUACUUAAAAAGGACUACCUGGUGCGGAUAAGACAGCCGUGGAUGACAAUCGUUCAGUACCUGUGGCCCAGUUUGAUCUUCCUGUCGCUGUACAUCCUGAGGAAUCGCUUCGGGGCGGAAGAGAUAGCCGACUGUCAGUUUCCGACCCGGCAGCUGCAGAACAAUGGCAUUCUACCGUUCUUUCAGUCGUACGUGUGCACCAUCGAGAACGACUGCAGUAGUGCGCAGCACUUCGAGAUGUCCGGCUCCUACGAACGCGCUCCCGUAACCCCCAUACUGGACAUUAUUCAGAUCUUCCUAGACACUCCCGCGAUCUACGAUCCGGUGAUAAAGCUACCGCAGGAAAAGAAUCUUAUCGGAACGGUACUUUCUAUCGUGACAAGCUCGCGAUUUAAGGAAAUUGAACAAAAGGCCGACCGGUUAGUCAGUAUGUUCCCGGAGAUCCAAGCCAUGGUUGGAAGCGAUUUCAACAUCGAAAAACUAUUCGCUGACGAUCGGAUGUUUUCCAGCUCGGGCAAGAUCUUGUGUGGCAAACCGUUCCCGAGAAGUGACAAUAUUCGCUUCAUCAAUAACGUACUGUACUCGCAGGAUUUUAGCGGAGCGGAUCCGGACGAAAUAGCGGCCUUACCGACGGCGUACUGUAAGCAACUGUAUCGGGAUGUUACGAACAGUAACAAUGGCAAGAUCACCUGGAAAACGCUGAAGCCCAUUCUGCAGGGUAAGAUUCUGUAUGGGCCGUCGAACGAGAGGAACGAUGAAAUCGUGAAAUUUGCGAACCAAACCUUCAUUGAUAUGGGUCGACUUGGAGAUUUUUUCAAAGCUCUAAGUACUACAGUGCAACUAUUGCACACGGAUGAUUCGUUCAGAGCAAGCUUUGUGAAUCUCAUCGAGCUAGCGAAGUCUCCCAUAGUACAGACAAUUACCGGGGGUAAUGUCAACAUAGACCUAAUCGAAUCUCUCCUGAAUGGAAUUCUCAACGAAGAAACUGUUGCUCAAUUUCUCACAACGAUCAGCAACAUUUUCGAGUGCUUCUCCACGGAUCGUUUUGUGCCGGUUGCCUCGGAAGCUGCCCUGGAGGACGAAGCCUUCAAGCUCAAUCAGAAAAAGUUGUUCUUCGCUGGAUUGGUUUUCGAAAAUAGUACAAUCUCGAAUCAAAUUCCGUACAAAAUUCGAAUGCGAACGGAUGACACUCCGGUUACGAUCGAGAAUCGGAAUAGAUUCUGGUUUCCCGGACCAGAGUCAAGUUUCGAGCUAGAUAUGCGCUACCAUCGAGGGUUUAUUCAGAUUCAGCAUGCUGUUGAUGUGGGUAUAAUAAAAGCAAUGAAGCGAGAGAAAGUUGAAGCAGAGAGAGCAAUGGCGGUAAGUUCGUCUUCCGAAAUGGGCUUUGGAUUCGGUGAUUUGGAUGCAGAUGAUGAAAAUGAUGAGUCAAACGAAAGCACGACAUCCGCCACCACCACUACCACGCAGGAUCUUGAUUCAUUGUAUGCCAAUCUGAGCAAACAGGUUACCAUUUCUCAGUCAGAUUUGGAGAAAUUUAGCAACAAAUCCGCCCUGGAAGAUUACUUAAAUUUUGAUGAUGAUGAAGAACGGGAUGAGGUGGACGAAGAAGAAGCGCUUCCCAGCAACGCAACUAGCUCUACUAACGCUACGGCACCGACUCGCGUUCGCCGGAGGCGUGCGCCUCAGUUUGGUUUGCUGAGUCUGUUGCUUGGUGGUGGCUCCGGAAAGAAGAACGAUGAGAUCCGCUACGAUGUUACUAAUGAGAGGUUUUAUACUAAGGAGUUUCCGUAUCCGAAAUACGUGAAAGAUAACUUUAAGAAAGGUUUGUACUUAGCGCAGUCUAUACAGAUGUGCUUCUUUAUGGCACUGAUUGUGCACGUUUCCAACUCCGUUCGGCAAAAGAUCUGGAUGAAAGAAAGUGGCAAUAUUAUGUUAAUGCGUUCAAUGGGCCUUAAAUCCAACUCGGACUCCAUUUCCUGGGCAAUAACGACGAUGGUCGAGCUUUGCAUCGUAUUUGUGCUAAGUCUUAUCAUAUUGUAUUGUGGUGGAAUACUGCUACAUUCCAGCAAAUUAUUCCUUUUUGUGUACCUUCUGGUGUUCGGUGUCUGCUUGAUGGCGUUCUGUUACAUGUGUUCAAUGUUUUUCGCCUCCGCCAGUAUUGGAUCCGUUUCGACGGUUAUUCUGUUUCUUGCGACAUUCCUACCGUACAUUAUAAUCAUUUCGCUGGGAGCUGUGCUGAGUACCGGGUGGAAAUUUGUGGCGAGUUUGUCGUUUUCAACGGCCUUUUGUUAUGCUUGGCGCCAUAUUAUGCGCAUGGAACUGCAAUAUCGCAGUGCUGACUUCGUUACCGCUUUUAGCGGUUCGAUUGACGAAAACGACAUGAUGUUUGGGAUAUUCAUGAUGCUGCUAGAUACUGUGAUCUACUAUUUGAUAGGAUUAAUAUAUGAAAAAUUCACGAACGAGGAUACAACAUUCCAUCAAGUAAACAGAGCAAAGCUGGACAAAAACGUGGGCGCCGAGUUGCGCAACGUCGAUGUCAUCUACGAAAACAAUAAGAAAGCUCUGAAUAAUGUAUCGAUAACGUUCAAAAGAGACGAGGUCACGUGUCUACUUGGCCGCAACGGUGCCGGAAAAAGUACCAUCAUAAAACUUUUAACCGGUCAGAUCCUGCCAGUAGAAGGCGAUGUUCAGCUCCCACUGGACUACGACCUCAUAUCCGGACUGCGCAACAAUGCUGAAAAGAUUGGCUUGUGCUCACAAAAUAAUAUCCUCAUUCCUAACAUGACUACCAAAGAACAUCUGCAGCUGUAUGCUCGAAUCAAACUAACCAAGGGCUUUGAAACGGAAAUUCAACGUACGCUGGACAACCUGAAGAUGGGUAAAUAUCAACACUAUCAUGCCUCCGAACUAUCCGGAGGCUUCAAGCGUAGGUUAUGCAUAGCUAUAGCCUUCCUCGGAUCUCCCAAUCUGGUAAUUCUGGACGAACCGUGCAGCAGUGUCGAUACCAAAGCUAGGAAGUACAUUUGGGAGUUGAUUCAAACGCUGCGAAAGGACCGGGCCGUCAUCUUGGCAACGCAUCACCUCGACGAAGCAGAAUCGUUGAGUGAUAAAGUUGUUGUGCUGGAAAAUGGUAAGGCAAUCCUGGAGCAAAGCCACGAGGAGUUGAAAAAUCGUUUCACUAACACCCUGUAUGUGGAUAUCGCCCUCAAGGGUCUGAGCGACAACGAUAGGGCCGGUGUUAUAACCGAAAUCAGUCUGACGUUAGAUCGACAGGAAAAUGUUCGGUACGAGGUGUCCAAGUUACCAGGGAAUAAACUUCAGUACAAAAUCGAGUACACCGGAAGCAAUCCUUCUGAUGUGGACUUACAACCCCUAUUCAACCAACUGAACCAGUUUCAAGAGAAAACCCUAAUUCUCAGCUACGACCUGAAGAAUGAAAAUCUUUUGAACAUUUUCAACGACGUUAAUUCGCGCGAAAUAAUUCCGUCCAAAAUUACCGAACCGGAAAUUAUGUCCGCAAAUGGUUUGCACGAAUCCAAACCCAUCGAACGGCAGCAAAGCACCCGCCAGAUAUUACAGAGCCUGUUGCGUAAGCGCUUCCUGCAUUUCCGUCGCAAUUAUCGAUUGCUUAUCUGUCUGCUGGUCCUCCCAACGCUGUUCGAAAUAAUCGCCAUGUUCUUUAUGACGAUCCGUCCACCUGGUGAAUACGAUGUUGCGCUUAAUCUCUCCCGCCAGUUGUAUGCCGGCUCCGCUGAAUUUUAUUCCAGAAACGGCAACGGAACUGCCUACGAACAGCAAAUCGACGCAAACAUUCUAGAAUACUGUAGCAAUGCCAAUUGCUACAAAUUCAAUAGCUCUGAGGAUGCUUUCCGGUGGCUACUGCGAACUACUUCCGAAUUCGUGGAACGGCGGUAUGGGGGAUUGACUAACCAGAAGGAGAACCAUUUCGUUUGGUAUAAUAACAAAGGCUAUCACUCCAUGCCGGUUUGGCUGAAUAUGCUCGAUACGGCCAUCCUGCAGGCAGAACUGGGUAAUGACAGCUAUAGUAUUAGUACCGUCAACCAUCCGUUGCAAAUCGAAGAAGAUGAACUAACCUUAUCGUCCAUUCUACAGCAGGUUGCCGACGCUGGAAUUUCGCUGAUUCUUUUGCUGUCAUUCAGUUUGGUCCUCGCUGGAGCUUCCGUUUACAUUGUUAGCGAACGAACUCGCGGGGAGAAGAUGCAACAACGACUUGCCGGAGUGAAACUGCGUCAUUACUGGGGCGUGGCCUACUUGUGGGAUGCUAUGAUAUACCUGAUCGCCGUAGCCCUUGCGGUAAUCGUCUUUCUCACCUUCGGCAUUCCAGCAUACGUCGACCGAGAUCAACUGUGCGGUGUAUGCCUGCUGCUGAUAUUCUACGGGUUCGCUUCCAUUCCAGCUGUGCAUUUGUUCGAAAAGUUGUUCAAUGAUGCCAGCUUUGCAAAUAUGUCCCUAUUCUGUCUGAACGUGAUCACCGCUCUAGGAACGCUGACGAUCAUCAUUAUGUUCGACGUUCUCGGGGAAUCGGAUACGGCCGAGCAUUUCCGCAACUUCCUCAAUCGGGCAUUCCUAAUCUUCCCGCAGCACGCUCUUGCCGAUGGUCUGAUUGAACUAUCCAAAAAUUACAUUCAAGCAGCAAUCUUCAAGAGGUACUACAUCGACACCUACAAACCGCUGACGACUUUGCUACAGCCUCACCUAAUCGCCCUGGCCACCAUGGGAAUUACGUUCAUGAUUCUUAACACUAUCAUCGAAAAGAAGGUCCUUCAAAAAUUCUUUCUUGAGGUGGAAUCCUCCCAUAUGCCGGUUUACGAGCUGAAAACGGUUUGCUCGGAGGAAACCAUCAUAAACGGCAACGGGAAGAAAAAAUCCCUGACGGCUGAUCAGAUUCUUUCGGUGGAUCACUUGACCAAACGAUAUCGCCAGGGAGAUGCGGUUGUAAAUGACGUUUCCUUCAAGAUCCACUACGGCGAGUGCUUCGGUUUGCUUGGAACUAAUGGGGCCGGUAAAUCGACUAUAUUUUCGAUUCUAUCCGGCGAGAAGCUGCAGAGCAGCGGAAGUUUCUGUUUCUUUUCUUCGAAUGGUUUAUCAUACUGCCCGCAGAGCGAUUUCCUAGAUCCACUGCUUACUGUUGAGGAGGUCAUCGAUUUCUACGGCAAGCUGCGAAACGUUGAGAACAUCGAUAAGCUGGUGAUCGAAACUCUUCGCGAGUAUAACCUGGAACCGUACAAGCGUCUGCUGGUGAGAAAUCUAAGCGGCGGUAAUCGGCGCAAACUGUGCGUGGCUGUGGCUUGCUACGGAAACACCGACAUUAUCCUGAUGGAUGAACCUACAAGCGAUAUGGAUCCAGUUACACGUGCUAUCGUGUAUCGCACUAUCGAGCGACUAAACAGCCAGAACCGCUCGAUUCUACUUACAUCUCACAGCAUAUCGGAAAUCGAUCACAUCUGUCAAAGGAUAGCGAUCCUAAAAGACGGUCACCUGCUGACGGUGGACACACCAGAAAACCUUACCGAACGAUACGGUAACAGUUAUCUGAUCACCAUUCACUUAGAGGAAAACCGUGAAGUCGAUCUAAUUCGGAUGAUCAAACGCGAGUUCAACAUCAGCCAGGAAUUGGUUCACAACAAAAACUCGCUCCAGUUCGUGUGCAAGGUGCAGCCGGAGCGAAAGCAUACCGGUGCUGAGAAGCUGCACAAAAACAGCCAGGUUACUAUCAACCUGAACAACAACACAAUAGAUUCCAGCCCGGCGCUGGCGAGUAGCAAUAGUGCUCUAGUUUUAAAACUUCACCAGUUUGCACAGAACAACAGGCUGCGGUACACGGUGACGAGGUGUUUGUUAGAUCAGGUGUUUGAAACUGUCCUGCAAAAUCACGAGGAGGAACACACCAACGCGGGAUUCGUUGAACAGUGAUACAGUGAUCCUUAUCCGCUCAAUUCCUUACAACAAAAAUAAGUUACUUACUGUUAAGCUGGUUUCUAGAAUAAAACUAUGGACUUAUACUAA